AUGGAUCAAUCACUAGAUAUGAGAGAAUUAAUUUUAAGUUUGAAGAAAGAUAUCCAAGAUUUAAAAAAUAAUGUAAAUGAAAAGGCAAAAGCAACAGAAGAAAAACUUAUUUCAAUGGGAGUCAAAAUAGAUGAAAAUGUGAAAAUAGCAGCUGAGUUAUCAACUCAGGUCAAUAAUUUAGUACAAAAAAAUUCAGAACUGACGAAAAUAGUGCUAGACCUUAAAGGUAAAACACAGAACCUAGAGGAAGCUCAGAAAAAAUUACAAAAUGAAAAUAGAGAAUUGAAAAGGGAAUGUGAUAAGAUAAGGAAAGAAACAGCAGAUCUGAAAGCACAGCAGGAUUCAACUUUGGACUCUAUUGCGAUGUUGCAAAUGCAGAGAAGGGAGAAUACCCUAAGAUUCAGAGGACUAACAGAGGAUGCAGAGGAAAUAAUUGAGAAAAAAAUCUCAAAAGAGCUAGCAGCUUGGUUAGACUUAGAAGAAGCAGAAGUAGCACUAAAAUUAGAAAAAGCAUUCAGAGUCAAAUCUAAUAUAGCAAAAGCAAACAACUGGCCGGCUGAUUGUUUAGUCUCUUUUAACUCUAUGGAUUUCAGAAAUAGAAUUUUACACGCUAGUAACAAGAAGAAAUUCCAAUCGGAAGGAAAUGAUAUUAUUGUCCACAAGAUUAUCCCAAAUCGGUUGAUAAAAAAGAGAGAAGCUUAUAGACCUCUGGCCGAGGCACUAAAAGCAAAGGCAGUGGACUAUAGGUGGGAGUACCCUGAAGGCAUCUCCUUUUUCUUUAAAGCGAAAUGUAGAAAGUGCUUGUCGGCAUUAGAUGCGGACAAGUUCUGGAGAAAGUACCGGAAAGACCUUGGAGGAAAAAGGCAAUUGUUGGGAGAAUCAGAGGAAAUUGAACAAACAGUUGAGAGUUAG